AAAGCAAAGAAAGGACGUUGUUCUGGCUUUUCUCAUGUUUCCAGUGAAUGCGGCGUAGUCAGACUGUGCAGAGAGUAACAUUCAGGGAGGAUCUGAGGUUCCUUUGGUUUUGAGUACCUUCGUCUUUUCAAAGGCAAUCGAGACAAAUCUCUGGACCUGUAGUCUUUGGUAUCGGAGCAGACUCAUCAUGGCUAGCGGAUCUACGCUGCAGAAAGCCAUUGAUCUGGUGACAAAGGCGACGGCCGAGGAUAAGAAUGGGAACUUCGAGGAAGCUUUGCAGCUGUACGAGCAUGCCGUACAGUAUUUCCUGCACGCCAUGAAAUAUGAAGCACCCAGUGAGAGAGCAAAGCAAAGUAUCAGAGAGAAGUGUGUCAGUUACCUGGAUCGUGCUGAGAAGCUGAAGAAGCAUUUGGCAGAUCCCACCGGCAAGAGCAACAAGAAGAACAAACCAGUUGCCGAUGGUUCCAAGUCAAGUGACAACAAAGAGUCUGAUGACGAAGAAGACGAGCAGAGCAAAAAGCUGCGUGGCCAGUUGGCCGGCGCUAUUGUUAUGGAGAAGCCAAACAUCCACUGGGACGACGUUGCCGGCUUAUUGGCCGCCAAGGAAGCACUGAAGGAGGCUGUCAUUCUGCCCAUCAAGUUUCCGCAUCUGUUCCAGGGUGGCAAGAGAACUCCAUGGAGGGGAAUCCUUCUGUAUGGUCCUCCGGGUACUGGUAAAUCCUUCCUGGCAAAGGCAGUGGCAACAGAGGCGAAUAACUCCACUUUCCUGUCAAUAUCGUCAUCUGACCUUGUGUCGAAAUGGCUGGGAGAGAGUGAAAGGCUUGUGAAGCAGAUGUUUGAAAUGGCACGUGAGAAGAAGCCGACGAUCAUCUUUAUUGACGAGGUUGAUUCACUGUGUGGCAGUCGAAGUGAGAAUGAGAGUGAAUCAGCUCGUCGCAUCAAGACCGAAUUCCUUGUGCAAAUGCAAGGUGUGGGCUGUGACAACGAUGGUAUUCUUGUGCUGGGCGCAACCAAUAUUCCCUGGACACUGGACUCGGCUAUCCGCCGUCGUUUUGAGAAGAGAAUCUACAUUCCUCUGCCUGAGGCGGGAGCGCGAAAUAUCAUGCUGCACAAGUCGCUUGGCGACACGCCCACAACGCUGGUGGAAGCUGACUUCCUGAAAUUAGCCAAGAACACAGACGGAUACUCUGGUGCUGACAUCAGUAUUGCUGUAAGAGACGCCAUUAUGCAGCCUAUUCGCAAAGUGCAACACUCAACACACUUCAAGAAGACACGUGGUCCCAGUCCAGUUGAUUCUAACCUGAUUGUGGAUGAUCUCCUAUCACCGUGCUCACCAGGUGACUAUGGUGCAAUUGAGAUGAACUGGAUGGAUGUGCCUGGAGAGAAGCUACUUGAGCCGCCGGUCACUAUGGAUGAUAUGUUGAAUGCGUUCCGUCGAACAAGACCCACAGUGAAUGAGGACGAUCUCAAGCAGCUCACCAAAUUCACAUCCGACUUUGGUCAGGAGGGCUGAUUAUGUAUGGACGUCUGUGUACUUGCCUUCAAUCUGCUGGUGUUCUGUGCACACCCCUCUGCAUGUGCAAGGCAUCUAAGAGUGUUACUGUAUGCCAGCAUCGAUCAUGUGCACGUAAGUGCAGCCUCAGCGCGUGCACCACCUGCGCAGAAAAAUACAUCCAGAUGACCGACACCUCUGUAUUCUCUGCUUACUCGUUGUCAGUAGAAGGAGUGUUGUAGCUGUUCUGCUGCUCCUUGACAGGUCAGUGGUGACUGGCAGAUACAGUUCUACUCUCACCUGUCCCACAUGAGCUCCUCUUUUGCUUGAGAAGGACAAGAAGUCACUCUCUCUCCUUCCUUGCUCUCUCUCUCUCUCUCUCUCUCUCUCUCUCUCUCUCUCUCUCUCUCUCUCUCUUUUUCUGUCUUUCUUUCUUCUGGUCCUACCUCAUCUGGGUUGUCUGGCGUCUGUCCUCAACUCUUCGUUCGUGGUGUGUGCGUGACUUGAAAACUCUGGCCCGCAUCAUCGGAAACAUAUGCAGCUACUAGUUUACUCCGUUGGACUGGAUUGUGUUUGCCCUCCCUGGUCUAGCUAAGAUUUUGACUUACAAGAUAUCAGGCAAGUAUUUUGUUAGCUCGAUUGCUCAUUAGCCCGAUAAUGUGUAUUGUGAGACUGCUCCUUCCAUGUACAUAGCUUCUCUUCUGUGUAUAUACUAUUUUCUGUGCAUUGUCUGAGUCAGUGUCGCGUUGCCGUUUUGUUUUUAUUCUAUAUAUAUAUUUUUACCUUGCUGCUAAUACUGCGUGCUGCUUGGACCUGGUUGUCUGCCAGUGUACGUAUGUUGCGUAAACGCGACGGUGAGCACGGCGGGCAGUGUGUUAGGAAACCGCGACCGCACACAGAGCCCGUGAACAUUUUUGCGUGCUUAUCACCUCCGUACCCUACCACGAACAUCGACGACAGUUCACGGUUCCGUCCACACUCAAUCGCUCUUUUUUUCCAUUCCUAUCUGUUACCCGCUGUUUUUGCUGUUGCUGCGCACAUUCUAAUUAUUGCACACACAGACAGGCGGACACAGUUUCUUCUCUGAAUUUGAUGUUUGUUUUCAGUCCGGUGCGCUGGGCUGCGCCGUGCUAACUUGUUACUUGCUUUGCCUGCGUGUGUUGCACUGCCUGUAUGUACUGAUGUGCCCUGGUCCGUGGAGUUGUUUACAUUAUCCCUGGCCCCUCUGAUGUGAAAGUGCCCGCCUGGUGGUCAAGGCCACUUUCUGGCGCGAUCCCCUGCUUUAGUCAUCGACAUUAUUUUAGUUUUGUUCCAAGCCAGCCAUGGAUUUAAUGAUAUUACUGUGUCAGAGGAGGUAGGCUUCUCUGACCGGAAACUCUGUUGAACUUCUGUUGUUGCCGAG